CUUUUUCAAAGCUUGGUGAUGGACAUGGACAUUCAGUAUAGGGAUGUGAUGGAGCUUCAUUAGGGGGCUGUGCCUUGAAGCAGCGGAGGGAAUCCUGAGACUGAAGGGGGCGGAGAGGACGAAUUGAUAUAACAAGAGCGGCUCUCAGCGCCAAGCUCUAUUCUCACCCUGUUCAAGCCUUGAACCAAGAACGAAAAGGAGUGGGCUUACAAUUGAUUUUGUACUCAGACAAAAUUGCGUUUCUUCUUGAAGUGUACUCAGUCGCACACAAAUAUAAUCGAAUACGUCCGACAGUAGUUCUGUUUUAUUUGAUUUUAGUUCAAAGUUCAAUACGAACGAAGGGUCGCAUCGCUGCACUGCCGGAGUGAAACUUUUCAGACCUCCGAGUUGGGAAUCAGUAACUUUCCCAUUUAAUGUAAUGCCAUUGAUGCGCUACCGCAUCUGAACAGAUAGGUCUACUGAGCUAUUUUUUUCACCAGCGGUGUCAGAGUUGAAUAUAAAAUAGGGAGUUCUCAAAUGCAAAAAUAUAUGUAUGAGAAAGCAAUGGCUCAAGAGACAAGGAACGGAGGAACCUCGACUCUAAAUAACAACAAUGGUAUUGACAACAGCAAGAGGAAGCUGCUCAUAGCUCUAGAUAUCUUCUGCCUCCUUCUUGCUGGCCUGCCUUUCCUCAUCAUUGAGACUAGCACCAUAAGGCCGUACCAGCGCGGGUUUUACUGUACAGACGAGUCCAUCCGCUACCCCUAUAAAAUCGGAGAAACCAUAAGCGACGCCGUGCUUUGUGCUGCUGGCACUCUCAUUGCCAUUUUUUUUAUAGUGAUUGGGGAGUGCUAUAGGAUCCACAGCCUCCACGAGGGAACCAAAUCAUUUGUGGGGAACCCCUACGUGUCCGCUCUUUACAAACAGGUGGGUGUGUUCAUCUUUGGCUGCGCAGUCAGCCAGUCCUUCACGGACAUAGCCAAGGUGUCGGUGGGUCGCAUGAGGCCCCACUUCCUGGACGUCUGCCAGCCGGACUUUUCCACCAUCAACUGCUCUUUGGGUUACAUCACCGUCUAUACCUGCCUUGGCCAGGACAACAAAGUACAGGAGGCCAGAAAAUCAUUCUUCUCUGGACAUGCCUCGUUUUCGAUGUACACAAUGCUGUACCUGGCUUUCUACCUUCAGUCCAGGUUCACGUGGCGCGGGGCGCGGCUCCUGCGGCCCCUGCUCCAGUUCACCCUGCUGAUGAUGGCCUUCUACACGGGCCUCUCGCGGGUCUCCGACCACAAGCACCACCCCACCGACGUGCUGGCCGGCUUCUUCCAGGGGGCCCUGGUGGCCUGCUGCACAGUGUACUUAGUGUCCGAUCUGUUCAAACCCAAGGCCCCGCCGGCCACGCCACCUCCCUCGCCCAUCAAGAAGGAGCUCCUCCCUUCCUCUGACAUCAUCGACCGGAGCAAACACCACAACAUGGUGUGAGACCAGGGGGACCGUGGCACUCUAGGCCUCCUUUUUCUUUCCUCCCUUGUGACUGAGGAGCCAAUUGCAGUGCUGCUCAACCCUCCCCAUCAGACAGUAGAAUGUAGCGAGGAGAGACGAUACGGCUGCUUCUCCAACGUUAACCCUCCUCCGCCGUGCGCCGCCUUCAACGGGCCCCAAACAACACACUGUAGGUAGAAAAAGGCCCUGGGAUUUGAGAUUUGCACACACAAAGUCCACUAUCAGUAUCCAGACGCAUUAUUCACUGCCGUUAUGUUUACUACUAUCCACCCGCCCGUUGUGUUUGUGUUUGACCAAUAGUUACCGAAAAUAAUUUGAAGCUAUAGAAGUAUGACUUAAAGUAAGAUCAUCGAGGGCUGGGGGUUUAGAAGGAGGGGGUUUGGCGUUGAAGUGAAACAUCCUCUGAGUAUGAAUGCUUUGUCCUCUAUGUAUACAAAAAAAAGUGGAGAGAUUGAAAGACGAAGAAACAUAAAACAAACGAUUGAAGGAAAUUCAUGUGAUUCUUAGACAAAGUCACUGCAUCGAAGGAAGAUGGAUCUCGUCUCUGUGUGGCCUAUAUACGCCGUAAGAAAAACACCCCAUGCGAUCCGUAGGAACAUUAUAACUGUGCGGUAUACCUAGCAGCAUAGAUAUAUUAACAGUAUAGAGAAAAACAAUGUUAAACAUAUAGCACUAUUUUUAUUUUGUUUUACAUUACAGUGUCCAUUAUCACCACUCGCUGCCUGAGAUGUGUUGUCUGUGAAAGCGCUUAAUGAUGCUGUCGUCACGGCGACAGAAGCAAGAGUUAGAAAUUACGUAAUCGUCAAACUCCAUAUCUGGUGAAGACAAAGUCGAUCAGUCACUCCUCAUAGAACCAGAACAGUGAGACACGGUCACAGUAUAUUUCCAAUACUGUAAUGUUUGGGACAGGUUACCACUCGGCGAGAUCAGCAUCAGCAGCCGUCAGUGAGCAAGGGGAAGGGUUCUAAGGACCAGGGUUUACAACCAGGACCCUCUUUCUCCUGACUCAUGAACUCUUGUGUCAAUUUGACUAGCGCAUCAAGCGUUUCACAGUGAACUAUCAUAGCAGCCCUAACCCGGGAUGUUGCAUUUCAUUUUUUAUAUAUAUUUUUGGAAGGGGGAAAUGUGAAAUGUAGGGGGUCUAU